UUUGUUUACAAAUAGUCGCGGCAGGAAAUUUUUGGUGAAGCAUUGUGUGAAAAUGGUUUUCCGUGGAAAAUGCGACGUUUGCGGAGGCUCAGACUUCAAUGUGGAAGAUGGUUACUACUAUUGCUCAGAAUGCAACACCCAGAAUCGGAAUAUCAUCGAAAUAGAGUGCGAUGUGAUGGAUUUGACGAUGGGCGAUGAGAAAAUCAGGGUGAAAGGAGUUAAACUGAAGGGCGAGAAGGAGAACAAGGUUGAAUUGACUUCCUGGGAAGAGUACAAUUACAUCCUUCUUGGGCUGGUGAAUGAGGCUAUGGCUUUGGGAGCGCCUGUUGCUCUAAAGAAGACAGUCCUGCAACUCUGGACCAGAUAUUUGCAGAAAAUCAAUGCAGCAUUUUUCUCAUCAUCCGAAGCAAAGCUGCCGAAAUUGUCAUUAAACUUCUUCAGGCAAGAUGCUGCUAUUCUAUACAAUGUGAGUAAGAAGCGUCCUAGAUCCGUGUCAUCAGCAACCAACAAGAGUUCAGCAUCUCCAAGGAGUAGAUCCAGAAGGGUUCUCAAGAUAGCACGGACCAAAUCGAAGAAAGCACUCAUGAAGAGGAGUUGUGACACAAAUUCCAGCAAACAAGCGAUCGACAAUUCUUUCGAAUCCCAGAGUUUCACCACGAACACAUCGGAAGUGACCGGCUCUAAGACAACCAGGACAUCGAUGUCACUGGAAUUCACAUCGCAGGCCAGAAAAGCAAUGAAGAAAACGAUGAAUAAGAAACACAUUAAGAAGCACGCAGAUGAUGCGGAAUACGUUCUCAAGUGUCAUCGGAAGAAAGCUCGCAACACUGAGAAUGAGCGCCUGGAGAAAGUGUCCAAGAAUGUCCUGCUUUCACUCCUCUACAUUGGAUUAAACCAGACGAAAAGUGAAAUCCAAUUGGGCGACAUGAUUCGCUUCACCCGCGAGGCACACUUGUCCAUCUUCAAUGUUAAUCACUUCUUUCCUGACAACAUUCUCAAGUACAUGAACAAGAGUACGUUCGUUAACUUCACCGGGCCACUCUGUUUUCCCCAGCAUCGCUAUAUAAGACAAGUCUCGGCCAACCUUUGCAAGCGCAUGAACGUUAAGGAUGUUGUAAUGCCAGAUUUGGUGCGACUUUCCAUGAGAUAUGUACAGGAAUUGUGCCUUCCCAAUGAAUUGGGGAAAUUUCUUGAGCGCCUGAUCACUUUUCAUCCACCAGAAAUGCCUCUUUCGCGAAUUUUCCCAAACUACGAAGCUCGUGCUGUGGCUUAUGUGAUAUUCCUGCUGAAGUGGCUCUUCGGACUCGAUGGAAGGAGCGAAGAAGUGAUGUCUGGAGCCGCACAAGAGGUCAACAAGCGACUUUCAGAUGAGAAUAUCCAUCAUGAAUUGCUCUUUGACUUCGAGGAAUGGACAAAGUACAUAGAGAUGCGAUGCAUUAUCCUCACUGAGUAUCACGAGCCCACGUAUAUCGCUAUGGGAAUGCCAGGUGGCAGCAACAAUGCGCAAAGGUACUUGGAUUUUCUCAAUCACUGCAGUCGACCUGAGAUGAAGAGUAAGAAAAGCAUUGGAAAUUACGUCCAUCAAAUUUACGAAACCCUCACAGAACUGCAUGGUGAGGAUAGUAAGAGGAAGUCCUAUUUAUUCAGUGCGUCAUUCACACCAUUCAAAACAUACAUGGACUAUCUCCUUGACAAUCACAGUCACGAAUUGAAUAUUCCUGAAUUCAUGACAAUUGACCACUCCAAGCGUGUCAUUGAUCCAUUUCUGAGGCCUCAUCGCUUCCAGAACCAGUUGAGAAUGCCUCAAUUUAGCCUCUCAGUUGAGGUGUGUCCAGAGAAUCUUGAGAUGAUUUAUGUGGAUAAUUCAAAGCGUCAGACAACAAAUUUUCUGGCAGAAGUGAAAAUUGUGAAGCACGAUGAGGAGAGUGAUUACUGUUUGCAAGAGAAGCAUCGAAAUGGGAAGAAGAAAUCAGAGUUAUCGCAAGAAGUUGCCUUUAAACGUCCACGAGGAAGACCUAGGAAAUUUCCAAAAGACACAGAGAUUCCACAAAGCUCGCCAAAGGUCAACAAGAAGAUUUCAUCUGAGAAUUCAAUGAAUGGGAAAAUAUUGAGAUCUCAAUCAGCUCACAGUAAUGUUUCCGGAACAAAUGACAAUUCCAAAGAUGCAGUGAGAUCAUCGAAAAGUACUCGUGAGAUCUCAGAGAAAUUACAUGAUAAAACGGACCAAAGAAUUGAGAAUUCAUCAGAACAGUCUAAUGAUCGGAGAAUAACAAGAUCUCAUUCAACCAGAAGUUUAUCUUCGAAGUCAACAAGUAGUCAACGAAUGGAAAUAGUUGAAGCUUCCACGCAACAAGUCACAGAACCUACAGAAACUCAGGAAGUCUUAACUUCUUUCUUGGAAAAUCAUCUGGAUUCACUCAAGAAAGAGAAGAAUAUUUUUGAAACCUCUUCGCAUAUUUCUUUUGAAUCACCUAAAGACACGCAAUGGGACAUUUCUUCGGGGCUUCUCUCCGCAGACAUCCUGUCUGAAAAAGAUAUGAAUCCAGGCAAGGAUAUUCUACGGUUUCCGCGCCGAAAACGCGAGUCAAUCACCAUGUUUGACGACAUGAGUGACGAAGAUGACGCUGAAUGUCCUCCAGUUUCUCCAGCAUCGCAUCAAAUACAGUUCUUCACACCACACUUUAAGUACUGGCACCAUUUUAUCGCCCGGAGAUCCUGGGAUUUUAUUGCUAUGCGCGAGGAGGAAUUUCAGGAAAUGCUGGAUAAACUUCCACCUUCUUUCACGUGGCUCCUCCGCCAGUGCUCAAUCAUCACGGGGAUAAAGCAGAUGGAGAUCUACAUAGAGCUCCAAACCAUCGAGAAGCAAUUCACUGGUGUCCUGGAGUCUGUAGACAAAAUGACCACAAUGUUGCUGUUGAGAGAAGAAUCGAGGCAACAUCCUAGUUAUCAUUUCCAGCAUAUCUGGUGAGAAAUAACACCAACCUUUCCAGCAUCAGUAAAACGUGAUUUUAAGUUUUGAUGGAAACAUUUAAUGUAAAAAUACUGACGCAAUCAAUUUUUGAAAAAAAAA